CUCUUCAAAAAAUCUAUGUGUUUUCAGCAUCCCCUUCCUCGCCUCUCGCCUCUGAAAUCCAAUCGGCAGGACAAUAUGCCAAGGUAUGAUGACCGCCGUGGUGGCAGUCGCCUUUAUGUUGGUCACUUGUCCUCAAGGACAAGAUCACGUGAUCUGGAGGACAUGUUUAGCAGAUAUGGGAGAGUACGUGAUGUGGAUAUGAAGCGAGACUAUGCAUUCGUUGAAUUCAGUGACCCUAGAGAUGCUGAUGAUGCAAGAUAUUCAUUGAAUGGUCGAGACCUAGAUGGAUGCCGUAUCGUUGUGGAAUUUGCCAAGGGAGUGCCCCGUGGCCCUGGUGGAUCUCGUGAUUAUGCUGGAAGAGGUCCUGCUCCUGUAUCCGGGAGCUGCUUCAAUUGCGGAAUUGAUGGUCACUGGGCUCGUGAUUGCAAAGCCGGGGAUUGGAAGAACAAGUGUUACCGAUGUGGGGAACUAGGCCACAUAGAAAGAGAUUGUCAAAACAGCCCGAAGAAACUAAGCCGUAGACCUCGUAGUUACUCACGCUCACCUAGUCCCCGACGUGGUCGAAGCAGAAGCCGCAGUUACAGCCGGGGACGUAGUGACAGUAGAUCUCGCUCACCUGUGAAACGAGAAAGAAGCUUCGAGCUUGAGGAUAGGAGAUCAAGGAGUCCCAAGCGCCACAGGCGUUCUCCAUCCCCAACCCGAGGGAGGAAGCACAGUCCAGCACGCGAUGAAAGAAGCCCCUCCCCCGCCCGAAGGGGAAAGCAUAGUCCACCGCUGGGUGAAAGAGGCCCCCAAGAGAGACAUAGUCCAUCCCCAAGGGACCGCCGGCACACCAAUGGUUCGGAUUACAGUGUGAAUCCCGGGGGAAGGAGCAGAACUCCAGAUCGCGAAGCUGAUGCUGAAGACAGGCCUUAUAAGAUCUCCACAAAGGAAAACGGCCACAGCCGCAGCCCUAGUCCGCCACCUAAAGACGACCGAAGCCCUAUUUACGAUGAUGAAGAUGCUUCUCCGAGACGCAGCGAAUCGAAUUAAGCUGAAGUGGUUGGUAGGACUUGUUUACAAUCCGUGUUUGGUAGGACUUUUUGAGAAUCUUAAUAUACUUUUGAUGGAUAACUUGCGUUAUGAAAAAUGUUGAGCACUUUUAAGAAGUCUAUUUCUAUAAAUGACCACUUUUAUUAA